AGGCUCAGAAAAGAGAUGGCCCUCCUUACCCCAAUGACAGGUCUCUCGGUAGCACUGGGGCUCAUUGAGGCCCAGCAGACCACCCUGCACCCACAGGUGGGUCGCAUCUUCGUGCACACCUUGGACCACCAGAGCUCAGCGCUGCUCCCAGAGCAUGUUGCUGCCCCACCUACUGCGCCCGUCACCUAUCAUGCCCACCUCCAGGGGCACCCGGACCUGCCCCGGUGGCUCCGCUAUACCCAGCGCAGCCCCCACCAGCCCGGUUUUCUCUAUGGCACUGCAAGGACUGAAGACCGGGGACGCCAGGUCAUCGAGGUUGUAGCCUACAACCGGGACAGCUUUGAUACCACCCAGCAGAGGCUGGUGCUAUUGAUUGGGGACCCAGAAGGCCCCCUGCUCCCAUACCAGGCUGAGUUCCUGGUGUGCAGCCACGAUGUGGAGGAGGUGCUGCCUUCUGCCCCGGCCAGUCGCUUCCUCACUGCCUUGGGUGGACUCUGGGAACCAGGGGAGCUCCAGCUGCUCAACAUUACCUCUGCCCUGGACCGUGGGGGCCGUGUCCCCCUUCCCAUCGAGGGCCGAAAGGAAGGGGUCUACAUUAAGGUGGGCUCGGCCUCACCCUUCUCCACCUGCCUGAAGAUGCUUGUAUCAUCUGACAGCCAGGCACGCUGUGCCCGGGGCCAGCCUCCACUCCUGUCCUGCUACGACUCCCUGGCACCUCACUUCUAUGUGGACUGGUGCAAUGUAUCACUGGUGGAUAAGUCAGUGCCAGAGCCAGCUGAUGAGGUGCCCAUCCCAGGUGAUGGCAUCCUGGAGCAUGACCCAUUCUUCUGCCCACCUACUGAGGCCACCCCUCGAGACUUCCUGACUGAUGCACUGGUCACCCUCCUGGUGCCACUGCUGGUGGCCCUGCUGCUGGCCCUGCUGCUGGCCUACAUCAUGUGCUGCCGGCGGGAAGGACAGUGGAAGAGAGACCUGGCCACCUCUGAGUCAGGAGAAAGCAAUAAAGACAAUAGCACAAGUCUCACCACCCUCCACCCCCAGCACUGUAGUACUCUUCUGCGUUAUACACAUGGCAAAGCAGGCCCCCUCCCAGCAUCCAGAUGGUCCACCACUGCACCAUCCGGGGGAACACAGAGGAGCUGCGGCAGAUGGCAGCCAGCCGUGAGGUGCCCCGGCCUCUCUCCACGCUGCCCAUGUUCAACGUGCGCACAGGCGAGCGGAUGCCUCCCUCUGUGGACAUUGCCCAAGUACCCCUCAUCCUGGACCAGCACUGAGCCAUGGCUGGAGCCACAUCCUGACUCCCCAUUCUAACUCCUGGCUUGCUGGACCCCACGCAGAGAAGAAGCUUGGAAGGGGCAGUGAGGGCAACUGGGCUGGGACCUCUGAAAUAAACAUCUGUCUCUUUGCUCA